AUGAUUGCACCAGGUGUAGGAUAUUUUUUUUUUAGAACUCCUGAACACCCAGCAUUAAUACUUAUAUCAUGUAUAAAAACUCAUUAUAAAAAAGAAUAUUACAUUUUAAUAUUAAAAAUUUAA